CUUCUACUUCUUUUGUGCAGCUCUAUGCAGAAAAUGAGUCCCAAAUACAACAUUCAAUGGCUCUUUCAUCUUCUUGUACCCCUAUUCAUUAUCUCCCUCAAUACCCAUCUCUCCAAAGGAUUAGAUACCAUCUAUUCGGGCCAAUCCCUUGUUGGGAACCAGACAAUAACUUCACGAGAUGGAGUCUUUGAGCUGGGAUUUUUCACUCCAGGUAACUCUCAAAACUAUUACAUAGGCAUAUGGUACAAGAGUGCACCCAAUAAAACAGUUGUUUGGGUAGCAAACAGAAACCAACCCAUUUCUAAUCCAUUUUCCUCAGAGCUGAAACUGUUUGGAAAUGGAAACUUAGUCCUACUAGACCAGUCCAAAACCCGAAUUUGGUCGACGAAUUCGACAUCAUAUACUUCUAAUUCAACCAUUGGUAUCCUUCUUGACAAUGGGAACUUUGUCCUUAGAGAAAGAUUGGAUUUCUCUAAUGUAAUAUGGCAGAGUUUCGACUACCCGACAGAUACAUGGCUGCCGGGUGGAAAAGUUGGAUUCAAUAGACUUAGUAAUGAGAAACAGAGUCUAACUUCUUGGAAAAGUUCAGAAAAUCCAGAAGGAAGUCUUUUUUCUGUUGAAGUAGAACCAAAUUCAAGUCACAUAUUGUUGUGGAAUGGGACUAAAUCGUACUGGACUAGUGGAGUGUGGAAUGGGAAAGUCUUUAGCCUUGUUACUGAGAUAGCAUUGAACUAUUACAUCAAAAAUUUGACAUACGUUUCCAAUGAGAAUGAAAGUUAUUUCACCUAUGAAGCCGGUUUCCCUACCUUUUUCACCCGGUUCGUGCUUGAUGUCACCGGGCAGCUCAAGCAGUAUGUUUGGGGAAAGGAUUUUCCCCAGUGGAGUCUGUUCUGGACUCGGCCAUUCUUGCAAUGUGAAGUUUACAACUUCUGUGGAUCAUUUAGUUGUUGCAACCAGAAUGUACCGAUUUGCGCUUGCAUUGAAGGGUUCAGACCGAACCGUCCGGCUGCUUGGCAAUUAGGAGAUCACUCAGAUGGGUGUGUGAGGGAAACUCCUUUGCAAUGUGAUCCAAACAGAGGAAAUGACUCAAAUGACACAUUUGUUGUGGUGGAAAAUACCAAAUUUCCAGGCAAUUCGGAAGAAAUUGUAUCUGCAGGGAACGUAGAGGAGUGCCAAGUAGCUUGCCUGAGAAACUGUUCUUGCACUGCUUAUGCUUAUGACAACGGGUGUUUGAUUUGGAAAAAUGCUCUUUUCAAUCUACAACGAUUUCAAUCAAGUGAUGGGAGUGGAAGAGAUAUUCAUGUUAGAGUAGCAGGAUCCAAUGUGGUGGUAACUGGGACUAAUAAGCCCAAGACAAAGAAAAAGACUAAAUGGAUUGUUUUGGGGGCAACUGGGGUGUUUUUGACACUUUCUGGCAUUACAUUGGCGAUUAUGUGGAAGCGGAGUAAGAGAGGUAAGGGAAGUGGUGUUGGGGCAGUUGAGGAUUCUUUGGUGGUGUUCAAGUUUCGCGACAUAAGAAAUGCAACAAAGAAUUUUACGGAAAAGCUUGGGGAAGGCGGGUUUGGAUCUGUUUUCAAAGGGACAUUGCCUAAUUCAUAUGUGGUGGCUGUGAAAUCAUUGAAGAGCUUGAAGCAGGAAGGAGAGAAGCAGUUCCGCGCGGAAGUGAGUACCCUUGGGAUGAUCCAACACAUCAAUCUUGUUCACCUCAGAGGGUUCUGCAUACAAGGUACAAAGAGAUUUUUAGUCUAUGAUUGCAUGCCGAAUGGUUCUCUUGAAUCCCACUUGUUCAACAAAAGUUCCAGUGUCUUACACUGGGAAACAAGAUUCAACAUAGCAAUUGGGACUGCCAGGGGACUGACUUACCUCCACGAGAAGUGCAGAGAUUGUAUCAUCCACUGUGACAUCAAGCCCGAAAACAUUCUAUUGGAUUCAGAAAACACCCCAAAAGUUGCUGAUUUCGGGCUUGCAAAACUCAUGGGGAGAGAAUUCAGCCGCGUUCUGACAACAAUGAGAGGAACCAGAGGCUACCUCGCACCCGAAUGGUUAUCAGGUGAAUCAAUCACAACAAAAGCCGAUGUUUUCAGCUACGGAAUGCUUUUAUUUGAGAUCGUAUCAGGGAGGAGAAACAGCGAAAUAAUUGGCGAAGAAUGGCAUGAGUACUUCCCUUUUCGAGUGGCAAGUAAAAUAAAUGAAGGUAAUGGGGUACUAAUGACAUUGUUGGAUAACAGGUUGGAGGGAAAUUGCGAUGUUGAAGAGCUGAAAAGGGCUUGCAAAGUUGCUUGUUGGUGCAUUCAAGAUGAUGAGAAGGUUAGGCCAAGUAUGGGGCAGGUUGUCCAAAUUCUAGAGGGAGUUUCAGAAGUAGAAAUCCCUCCGGUUCCGCGGUUCAUUCGAGGAUAUGGAGAUGGCCAAAUGCAGCCGGCCUUUGUUUUGCAGUCCAUAUCUGACAGCUCAAAUCCGCGUCCAUGAGUUCAUGUUAUCCAUUUUAUGAAUGGUUAAAACUGGUUUAGGGUGACAAGAAGGAAAAUUAAUCUGCUCCUUCCUUCUGAUAAUAAUUUCAAUUCUUAAUGUUUCCUUCUGUAAUGUUGAAUUUGAAUAAGCUAGUAGUCUAUUCUGAUGAAAGAUUUCACAAAGAGAAGCAAUAACUUUGUUUA